AUGAAGCUCCACCACCACUCGCAGCCCCCUGCGCAGCUCAUCUCCACCACGCCAAUGUCAGCGACCCCAAAGACCACCGCCUUCGCCAAAAGGUGGCUACCUCGACUCGCCCAUCCUCUCGCCAACUGGCCGGGCCAUUGGUUUGAAGAAGCCGAUAAACCCCUCGCACUCUCUACCCUUAGCACCGACCACGUCUACAUCAAGCAACUCCUCGAUGUGCUCCACCUCUUCGACGACGAUGUCAAGCGCCAUAGUAUCUCAUCCACCGACUUCGCGAAUCGAGAACACGUCCGCCUCGAUCCUGGUUUCGAGAAGCCAUGGCUGAGUGACUACACCAAUCCGUUCGCUGCCGCGGCGCCUUUGAGAGAGUUGGUGACCACGAGUGUCUGGUGGUUCCAUAUGUGGCGGGUCAUGGAGGUGACGCACACAAAGCGUGGUAAGAAAUGGGAUGAGGAUGCUUGGGAAAAGAUCUAUACGCAAUAUGUCGUGGCGAAGGAGAAGGGCGGGUGGCAGAGCAGGCUGGAAAGAGGGCUGUACAGGAAGACGAGACAGGCGUUGCUGGACGACAUGCCGCUGUACGUCGAUGCCUUUGUGGAGGUAGUGGAUGACUAG